AUGAACCUCCACCCUGAGAUCCUCACUGCUGAUCAGGUGACCCUGCCCCUCUGUGCCCCAGGUCUGGCCCUCGGGGUCCUGCUGCUGAGGGCCGCUGCGGCCAUGCGUGGCUGUCCCAGCUCCAUCCCGCACCUCCUUCUCCAGCUCCAGAAUCUGCUCAAUGCCACCGCCGCCAGCGACACCCUCCUGGAACCCUAUAUCCAGCACCAAGGCCUGGACCCGUCCUCCCUCCGGGAAUUGUGCCGGGAGUGCCGCGGGGUCUUCCCGAGCGAGGCCGGCCUGCGGGCGCUCAGCAAGGCCGGCUUCCUGAGGACCGUCUACGCCACCCUGGGCCGCAUCCUGCACGGCCUGGACACCCUGCGCCCGCAGUUUUCAGAGACCAAGGACGCCCCGAAGCUGCAGGCUGCCAGGUGGACUGUCCUCGGCCUCCGGAACAACCUCCACUGUGUGGCCUGGCUGCUCAACAGCUCCCUGCAGACGCCUGAGCCCACGCGGGCAGACGCGGACACGCGUGGAUCUCCGACCCCCAGCCCGCGCCUCUUUCAAGCCAAGCUGGACGGCUGCAAGUUCCUGUGUGGUUACCACGGCUUCAUGCAGGCCGUGGGGACGAUCUUCAGGGAAUGGGGGGAGAGCCCCCGCCGCAGCCGGAGACACAGCCCCCCCCGAGGUCACCUGCACAAAGCCACCCGCAGGACCACGUUCCGGAGCCGGCGGCCCCGGUAGCUGGACAU